UGUUAAUAUGUUCAUGUGUGUGGAGAAAUAUUAAAAUUAAACAAACAAACAAACAAACAGUUCAGUGCGCUACGUUUUUGUAGCCAAAUCAGUGACGACAAGAUUUGUCAUACUGGGUUUCGGCAAUUUAAACAGGGUUUCAGCAAACUGGGUUCUCAUCUUUUCAGUGAACUGGAUUCAGCAAACUGGGUUUCCACAAAGUGGUCAUAAAACUCAGCAAACUGGAUUUUGUCAAACUGGAUUUUGACAAACUGGUCGGUUACCCUACCAUGACCUAUGUCAAUAAAUUGGCUGAUUCUUAUUUGUUUUUGUCACUGUACGGUUUACAUUUUGUAGGCCUAGUUAUAGUGUGUUAGUAUGGAAAGCACUAUUCUAAGCCUAUGCCUAUUUUAGUUAGCCUAGGCCUAGGCCUAUGUAUGGAUUCUUUUGACAUGCCGUAGUGCAUUAAGAUAGUAAGACUGAAAUUUAAGGUAGGGUCAAGUCUGAUCCACUAAUCAACACCUCGGAUUUACGUACAGUAAGGUUGUCGUCAGUUAUGUCAUCUUUAUUUUCUAUGUUGUUAAGACAUCAAUUCAUAUAUUGUGAUAACUUUAGGCUUGUUUGUAUUUAAGGUACAAUGUCACAUGAUGAACAAGCUGCAUAUCUGGGUAAUCCAAACCACGACAGACCAGAAAAUUCAUCUUACCAAGAUACCAGCAGGACUUGGUCAAAGGAAUAUGGCAGGGGAAGGGGAAGAGGGAGGGGAAGGCACUGGAAUCCUCCACGACAACAUUACCCCAUACCAAAUAGUCACAUGAUGUAUCCUGUUGAUGGACCUUCUUUGUGGAAUGUUCCAAGGAAUAGUAAUGAUUUUGCUUCAGGACAGUUUGUUUAUGGAGCUAGCUCUUAUAAUCCACAGCUCACCAUGCUUAUGACUCCAGAGGGAGCUGUUUAUAAUGGCCCAGUCGAAGGUAUGCACCAUUAUCAGGGGUACAGGCAGUAUAAUCAGCAAUGGAAUUAUGGGAGUAAUGUGGGAAAUCCCAGAUGGAAUAACAACAAUCAAAGAUCUGAUAGAAGAGGAUUGAAGCACAAACCCCAUGAAAGAAGAAAAGAUUCUUCUAAUGUCCCAUCCACUAGGAAUUCUAAUGAUCAUGAACUAACGGAGGAAAAUCGCAUUCAAGGUAAAUCAGGAGAAGAUUCUGAAUACAGAACACCACAGCAGGAUGAGAUUGAAACCUCAGAGAAGGAAAAAAAGAAUACCACUACUGAAAAAAAGAAUGAAUAUAAAAAGGAUGGGACUUCAGGAAGAAAAAAUCUUCCAAUGAACGGAAGAGUAAAUGAUGGGAGGAGACAGGAUGCAGAUGGGAAAAAAGUUAAUGAAAAUAAGCAUAGAAUACCAAACAGAAAUAAGUUUGAGGAAUGGAAUAGAAAAAUUGAAAACAAAUAUGGAAAAAAACAGACGGUUUUUAGGAAAAAUGUGCGAGAAAAAUAUGAAAAAGAGUUGACAGAGAAAAAUGAGGGGCAGAAGCAGAGUCUUGAAUCGCAAACAGGAACAUUGAUUGAGCAGCUGACAAAUCAAUCGUACGAGUGUAUGGUAUGCUGUGACGCCAUCAAGGCAGCCGCUCCUACCUGGAAUUGCCAGAAUUGUUUUGCAGUAUUUCAUAUGAAGUGCAUCAAACGAUGGGCGAGGUCUAAUAUACACCAACUUGAAACAGUUGCAGAAGGUGAAUCGUGGAUGUGUCCUGGUUGUCGUAGUCCUGUUUCUAAGGUCCCGUACGUUUAUAAAUGCUUCUGUGGUAAAAUGCGAGAUCCGCCACACAUCCCAGGGGAGACCCCACAUAGUUGCAGCAACGUUUGCAGCCGUAAGCGAUCGCCAGUUCUGCAGUGUCCGCACCUUUGCAACAUCCUGUGCCAUCCAGGCCCCUGUCCACCGUGUCCGGCAAAUGUGACAGUUCAUUGUCUCUGUAAGAAGUCACAGCAGACAACAAGAUGUGGUUCAGGGCAUGUGUACAGAUGUGAAGACACCUGUGGAAAGAUGCGAAAUUGUGGGAUACAUCAGUGUCAAGAAGUGUGUCAUAGUGGAGAUUGUGAUCCAUGUCAAGAAAAGAUUACACAGGAUUGUUUUGGACAGCACACAUCCAGAGAUGUGGUAUGCGGAGGGGAACAGGCACUGAUCCCUUGUGAAGAGAAAGAAAGUGGAAUAUACUCAUGUCUUUCUGAAUGUGGAAGAGAACUUGACUGUGGCUUUCACAAAUGCAAAAUACCAUGCCAUCCAGGGGACUGCGAGCCUUGUCAGCUAGGCCCUGAUAAACUGAAUCGUUGUCCAUGUAACCAAACUCUGCUGAGCGAUCUUGAAGCUCUGGUCCGGACUUCCUGCCGGGAUCCUAUACCUACAUGCAACAAGAAUUGUGGUAGACCAUUGAAGUGCGGUGGAGAAAGUGAGCUUCAUUUAUGUCAAUCUAAAUGUCAUGAGGGUGAAUGCCCUGCAUGCGUGACUGGAACAAGUAGCGUUAAGUGUCGAUGCGGCAACCGCUUCGUUGAUAUAAGUUGCAAAGACCUCAUUAACCUACCACCAGAAGAACAGUUGAAGUGUGAUAGAAAGUGUAACAAGAAAAUGCAUUGCGGCCGUCACAAGUGCCAAAAUAAAUGUUGCAUUAACACAGAACAUGUCUGCAUCCAGCAGUGCGGACGCUGGUUAACAUGCCGACAACAUCGUUGUGAGGAGCCAUGUCACCUUGGCAACUGUCAUCAGUGUUACAAUGUCAGUUUUGAUGAGCUGUAUUGCUACUGUGGCCAACAAAUGCUAAUGCCUCCAAUCCACUGUGGAACCAAACCACCGGUGUGUGAUCAGCUUUGUACCCGAUCGCAUCCGUGUGAUCAUGCCGUGCGUCAUCAGUGCCAUAGCGAGGCAGAGUGUCCCCCCUGCACUGAGCUCUGUUCCAAAAGCUGUAUGGGAGGACAUGAGAUAAGAAAUAGUAUUCCAUGUUACCUACGAGAAUUCACCUGCGGAAAUCCGUGUGGAAAAGAACUUCCAUGUGGACAACAUCGGUGUCGCAAACGAUGUCAUAAUGAUCCAUGUGAUAGUGCACCAUGUGACCAAACAUGUAUGGUCAUCAGGUCAGAUUGUGGUCAUCCAUGUGGGGCCCCUUGCCAUGUUGACCAACCUUGUCCCAAAACCCAGUGCAAAACAAAGCUGACGAUAUCAUGUGCAUGUGGUAACCGCACGGAUCAUGUCAUGUGCUUACUUGGGGGUGAUGACUCACAGAUGGCACAGCUGUUUCAAAAGCUGUCAACAUCUAACCUGGCUAGUAAGAUGCAUGGUCUUCAGUCAGGGGAAUCCAUGGACAUAAGCAGCCUGAUGGCUCUCAAUGAUGGUCGCAAAACAAGACAAUUGGAAUGUAAUGAGGAAUGUGCCCUAAUUGAGAGGAAUAAACGUUUUGCUCUUGCACUCCAAAUAAAAAAUCCAGAUUUUGCAUCAAAGAUUGGAACUCCAAAUUAUACAGAGUUUCUUAAAGACCAAGCCAAAAACCAGCCUCAACUUGUAAGUUCAAUAGAAGAUGCAAUUAAAGCAGUGGUUCUCUCUGCUCAGCAGUCAAAACAGCCAAAACGAAGCCACUCAUUUCAACCAAUGAAUCGCGACAAACGUAGAAUUGUUCAUGAACUUGCCGAAUUUUACGGAUGCCAAGCUCAGAGUUACGACAUGGAGCCGAACCGUAGUGUGGUCGUAACUGCUGCUAAAGACACAUGCUUCUCACCUUCUGUUUCCUUAAUGGAUUUUGUUCAGCGCGGUACACGAAAGAAACUCCCACCACCAACACGCACCAAUGCCGAGGUGUUUCACAGCAAGUACACACCACUCGGCUCAGCCAAAAAUGUGAAAGAUGUUGAGGACGUAGAUAAACAAGUUCCUGAGACGAAAUCAGAAGUUAUCGACUACUUUGAUAUGACAUAAAAGUGAAAGAAAAAUGCAAAAAAUGUAUUAUCUGUUAUGUGGCUAUUUCGUGUUUCUCAUUUACUUAAAUCAAAAAUGAUCUUUAAUAGAAUUAUUCGUUGGUUAUGUAUUCUUUGCGAUGCCAAUUAAUCUGUAUCAAAAAUAUAAAAUUCUAGAGUAUACAAAAUUUGUUGAUAAUAAUCUGUAGCUACUUUUAAGUUAUUAAGUAUACAUUGGAAAACAUAAUUUAUAAUAUAAAGAUUUGCAACCGAAAGUGUCUUAAAUCUCUGUUUCCUUUAAAUUAACAAUCUUUAUGUGACCUUUAGAUACUGUUAUGCACUGGUGGCUCAAGAAAUUUGCGGACAGGGGGCCCGACAUGGCCGACUGGGGUCCGAACCACUAGAGCCUCAGUCAGGUUCCCAGAAUAAAUCUCUGGGUAGGGUUCAUAGGUAGAUUUUUAAUGGCUUAUCCUAAAUUGUGCUUUUUGACCACAGUACAGUAUUAGGGAUUGGCAAUCAAAAUAACAUUAUUUGGAGAGGCAAAUUAUUAUUUUUGAUUCAAUGACCUAGCUGAAGAACGGGGGUUCAGGCCUGUCCAACAGGGGAAUUGCCAUCCCCCGCUGGCACCACCGGUACUGUUAUGUAAAGAUGUUUUGUUUUUUUUGUGCAUGUGCCUUACUUUAGCCUUAAAAUGUGUCACCACUUCCAUUCAGUAAUCAGCACUGUUGAUAAUAAUGAAAUAUAUUAAUUCAAAGAAAUACAAUUUAAUUUUACAUUGCUUCUAAAAGAAAAAAAAAAUGGGUUCAAUAAUGAUUUACAUUUGAAUUUAUGCAACAUUUUAAAGAUGAACUGCCACCGAAAGAAAAACCUAAAAUGUCCUCGAAACUACAGUAGGACUGGAUUAUUUAGAAACUAAAUUUACCAACUUUCAAUAAGUCACUGAUCGUUUUCAGGCAUUUUACUACGAACAUCCUUAAAUUUGUUGGUAUAUGACUAAGAAAAUAUUUAAACAUCUAUCUGUUAAUUGGUGUGGGAAGUUUAUCUUCUAAUUUUUAGUUGAAAGCUUUGAACGUAUUGAAAUAUACAAACUAAGCAAUUAAAUUCUUUUUUUUUUAUUUCAAAUUUUUAAAUUUACAUGACAGUAUAUUUAAAAAAAAUAUUAGAAUGAUGAUUAUUAUUAGUGAAGAAAGUAGAGUAAUCAUGGUUUAUGAUAUUAUUUUUAGAGAUGAGCAAUUAAAAUAUCAGACCCUGCAAACAAUAA